GAAUGACGGAGAGGGAGUGGUUGUGAGCGUGAUUAAAGGCGGCGGCGCAGAGAUCGGCGGCGAGGCCUAGCCCCCUCUUGCUGGGCGGCACAUACGUAUGAGUUAUGUCCAUUACUUUACUGCCCCUCAUCUCGUAUUCAAGCAAUACAGCCAAAAAAGUCCACUUUUUCCCCCAAAUCGGAUCUCCCCUCACAAGCUAAAAGGCCUGUAACUAUGCUUCAUUAAAUGAGGGGAGUGACUGACAUAUGCUUCCGUAAAAAUUUAAGUCAAAAACCCCUCACACACAGUGGAAGUCAAGUUUCCUCUCUCUCUCACACACAAUGGCGGACACGAAAGUGGAGACGAUAGCAAGGUUGGCGCAGUGGAAAAUCGAGAGUUUCGGGCCAACCAACCCGUACAAGAGAUCCGACCCCUUCAAAAUCGGCAUUUGGAACUGGUACCUGCAUUUAUCGGUGGAGAAAAACCGCUCCGUUUACAUCAGGCUUUUCCCCGAACCGUCUCGACUUUCCAAGGAGCAGCCGCCGCUUGCUCGCUUCGUCAUUCGUGUUUCCACCUCCGCCUCCAAUCGCAGGCCCUACGUUUCGCCCAUUCACGAGAGACUACUUCGUUCUAGUGAUGACUUUGCUUGUCCUAUUGAUAUUAACUUUCAAGGACGUUUUGUCAUUGACGUUGAGUUUCUGGAUCUUAAGAUCUGCCCUCUAAAUCCUCUUGAACUUCAGGGUGGAGAAGGCAGUUCUAUAUGGCCCAGCGACGGACUGAUGCAAAGUCAAGCGAGCCAAAGCACUCUCAGAUGUCUCUAUCGUAUGCUUGAUGAGGAGAUUCAUGCAGACGUCACCAUCAACUUAUCUGAUGGACCUUUACGAGCUCACAGAGCGAUUCUCUCUGCUAGUUCUCCCGUCUUUCUGAGCAUGUUCCAGCAUGAUCUCAAGGAGAAAGAGUCUUCAACAAUCGACAUUCUAGAUAUGACAUCCGAGUCCUGCAUGGCCCUUCUCCGUUACCUGUAUGGGACGAUAAGCCAGGAAGAUUUCUGGAAGCACCGGCUAGCAUUGCUGAGCGCAGCAAACAAGUACAGCAUUAUAGACUUGAAGGAUGCUUGCGAAGAGAGCCUGCUAGAAGAUAUCAACUCGGGAAACGUGCUCGAGAGACUGCAAGAAGCUUGGCUCUACCAACUUGAUAAAUUGAAGAAGGGAUGCUUGGUUUACUUGCUUGAUUUUGGCAAGAUUUAUGAUGUGAGAGAAGAAAUGAAUGAUUUCUUCAGGCAGGCAGAUAGAGAACUAGUUGUGGAGAUGUUCCAAGAGUUGCUUGCAGUUUGGAAACCAACAUAAAAUAAAUGAUUGUUGUAUUUGUGUCUUAUGUUUUGUACCCUCUGUUGUAAUAUAUUAAUACUCUUACUAAUACUCAGAGGUAAAAGAGUGGAGAUGGGAAGUCUAUGAAUGUAAUAUUAUGAUGACUGUUGUAAUUCAGAAACAUGGAAUUAUAUUAUAGUAUGAGAAGAGAAUGAUUCAUUUCUUCA